UCUGCACACUCAUUCUGUGUGCUAGGCAACGUCGUGUUCGUCUUUUUCAAUACGGAUUUCCAUUCCGUAGUUCGUUCUUUGUGAUUUUGUGAAAAGCGCGUGUGCCACCGCGUUCCAAGCAAAAACUGAAGACGAAAAAAAUCUCCAGAUUACCACCCCCAUUAUUACCGUACGGUUUGAUUGUCGUCCGUCGAAACAGACUGACUUGACUAGUUUACCUAACUGUUGAAAAUGGUUAAAGAAACUACCUAUUAUGACAUUUUAGGUGUUAAACCCAAUUGUUCUGCUGACGAACUUAAAAAGGCAUACAGGAAACUUGCCUUGAAAUACCAUCCUGACAAAAACCCAAAUGAGGGUGAAAAGUUUAAGCAAAUAUCACAAGCGUAUGAAGUGUUGUCAACACCAGAAAAACGCCGUCUGUAUGACCAAGGUGGUGAACAAGCACUCAAAGAAGGAGGAGUUGGCAACUCCUUCUCUUCGCCAAUGGAUCUUUUUGACAUGUUCUUCGGCCAAUUUGGCGGUGCUUCCGGUGGAGGUCGUGGCCGUCACCGCGGUCCCCAAAAAGGCAAAGACGUUGUUCAUCAACUUAGUGUUUCCCUUGAAGACUUAUACAACGGUUGCGUGCGAAAGUUAGCGUUAGAAAAGAACGUCAUUUGUGAAAAAUGUGAAGGCCGAGGCGGCAAGAAAGGAGCUGUAGAACAAUGUCCAACCUGUCAAGGUAGCGGCAUUCAAGUUCAGAUCCACCAAUUAGGACCGGGAAUGAUUCAACAAGUGCAAUCUAUGUGUAGUGAAUGUCGUGGACAGGGUGAACGCAUCAACCCCAAGGACAGGUGUAGGACUUGCAACGGUAAAAAGGUUAUCCGUGAAAGAAAAAUUUUGGAAGUAAACGUAGACAAGGGCAUGGUAGAUGGUCAAAAAAUUACUUUUAGCGGUGAAGGUGAUCAAGAGCCAGGACUUGAACCUGGUGACAUCAUAAUUGUAUUAGAUGAAAGAGAACAUCGUACAUAUAAGAGAAGCGGUAGCGAUCUAAUUCUUCGUAUGGAAAUAGAAUUAGUUGAAGCUUUAUGCGGAUUCCAGAAAGUCAUAAAAACUUUAGAUGAACGUUCUUUGGUCACUACUGCUAUUCCAGGAGAAGUUUUUAAACAUGGUGACGUCAAGUGUGUAUUGAACGAAGGUAUGCCUCAGUACAAGAAUCCGUUCGAAAAAGGUCGUAUGAUUAUUCAAUUCCUCGUCAACUUCCCUGAUAAAUUACCAGUUCAAAAAAUCGUUCAGCUCGAAUCGUGUCUUCCCGCUAGACCGGUGGAGGUCAUUCCGGACAACUCUGAGGAAGUGUCGCUUACCGAAAUGGACCCUGAGUAUGAAUCGAGGAGACGUGAUAGACGUGAAGCAUACGCUGAUGAAGAUGGUCCUACGAGAAACGUACAAUGCGCAUCUCACUAAUAUAAUUUUUUCUACUUUUUACAAGUCCACGUAUAUAAACAGUAUCUCCAAUUCACAUGUUUUCAUUCCGUUCCGAGCAAAAUACAUUGAUGUAACGUGUAAUAAAUAUUAGAUAUUUAUUCAGAACAUAAUCAGAUGCAAAAAAAUAUUUUUCUUUUUUCCUACCAAAAUUCUAAGGAUUUGUUCCUACUAAUAACUCUGUUUGCCAAAUAAUAAUAUAUUAGUGCACAUUUUUUUUAUA